UGAAAGAAGCUCCCGAAAAAGCUAAGGACAGAUUGGUCAAUUUUUUUGAAUUCUCUCUUCCCUUCCCUUCCCUGGACAGCUCUUACAUCCUCCAUUGCCACCAAGUUCCACGUACUGUUCUCUGCUUCUGCGUUUCAGAGUCGACGAGGAAGAAGAUCUUUCUUGUCUUCAGACAUCGAUCGGGACUUUCUGAUCGGAGUUUCGUCGGCAAAAUGUCUGGCUACGUCGGGAUUUUGGUGUCGGAUCCAUGGCUGCAGAACCAGUUCACGCAAGUGGAGCUUCGGAGCUUGAAAUCUCAUUUUACGAGCAUGAGGAGGGAGAGCGGGAAGCUGACUGUGGCAGACCUCGCGUCGAGAAUGUCGAGAUUGAAAGUGGUGGGAGAUCAGAACCUCAGCGAGGAAGAGAGAGCGUCUCUGAUCCAAAGUUUCCAUCCUAAUUUGGACGAAGAAGUCGAUUUCGAGUUCUACUUGAGGGUCUAUCUGAAACUUCAAGCGCAUGUCAGCGCCAUUAUCGGGAGCGGGGCGAAGAACUCAUCAGCGUUCCUCAAGGCUGCGACCACCACUUUGUUGCAUACGAUUAGCGAUUCUGAAAAGUCCUCCUACGUCGCUCACAUCAAUAACUACCUCGCUGGAGACGCAUUUCUCAAGAAGUACUUACCGAUCAAUCCCUCCUCGAACGAUCUCUUUGAGAUAACGAAAGAUGGCGUUCUGCUUUGUAAGCUUAUAAACGUGGCGGUUCCAGGGACGAUCGAUGAACGGGCAAUUAAUACCAAGAGUAUGCUUAAUCCAUGGGAGAGGAACGAGAAUCAUACGCUGUGCCUCAACUCUGCCAAGGCAAUCGGAUGUACUCUGGUUAAUAUUGGAACCCAAGAUAUCAUCGAAGGAAGGCGUCAUCUUGUGUUGGGGUUGAUUUCUCAAAUCAUCAAGAUACAAUUGCUAGCGGAUCUCAACUUGAAGAAGACUCCCCAGCUGGUGGAACUGGUCGGUGAUAGUAAGGAGGUGGAAGAGCUGAUGAGUCUACCACCUGAAAAGAUCCUAUUGAGGUGGAUGAAUUUUCAGCUAAAGAAAUCUGGAUACAAGAAAACGGUCACAAACUUCUCGUCUGAUGUAAAGGAUGCCGAAGCUUAUGCUCAUCUUUUAAAUGUAUUGGCGCCAGAGCAUGGUAAUCCAUCAACAUUGGUUGCCAAAAACCCUUUUGAAAGAGCGAAGCUUGUUCUCGAACAUGCAGACAGAAUGGGCUGCCGAAGAUAUCUGACUGCCAAGGAUAUAGUUGACGGUUCCCCGAAUCUCAAUCUUGCUUUCGUUGCGCAUAUUUUCCAGCACAGAAAUGGGCUCUCAACCAAGAAUAAACAGAUAUCUUUCCUUGAAACUCUACCGGACGACACCCAAAUAUCCAGAGAAGAAAAAGCAUUCCGGUUUUGGAUCAAUAGCUUUGAUGGUUCUCUCUACAUUAACAAUGUUUUUGAAGAUCUCAGAGACGGGUGGAUACUGUUGCAGACACUGGAAAAGGUGUCCCCAGGAAUUGUUAACUGGAAAGUAGCAAACAAGCCUCCAAUCAAACUGCCAUUCAAGAAAGUGGAAAACUGUAACCAAGUGGUGAAACUGGGGAAGCAGCUCAAGUUCUCCUUGGUUAACAUCGCUGGAAACGACAUCGUUCAGGGAAACAAGAAGCUCAUACUUGCUUACUUGUGGCAACUGAUGAGAUGCAACAUCCUCCAACUUCUUCGGAACUUGAGAUUCCAUUCUUAUGGGAAGGAAAUCACUGACGUCGAUAUCUUGGAGUGGGCAAACACGAAAGUGCUAAACAACGGGAGCCAAAGCCGUAUGAAUAGUUUUAAGGACAAGAGCUUGUCCGCCGGUACAUUUUUCCUCGAGCUGCUUAGUGCAGUGCAACCGAGAUCAGUGAACUGGAGUCUAGUCACUGGUGGAGUAUCUGAUGAAGAGAAAAGGAUGAACGCGACCUACGUCAUCAGCAUCGCUAGGAAACUCGGGUGCACAAUAUUUUUGCUUCCUGAAGAUAUAAUUGAGGUAAACCAGAAGAUGAUUCUAACAUUGACGGCGAGUAUAAUGUAUUGGUAUCUGAAACAACCUGUUGAAGACAAACCAACUGCAUCUUCUGACAGCGACACCGGAAGUCACUUGGAGACUACAUCGAAUUCAACGACCGAUGAUUCUGCUUCUGAAUCUUCUUUAGAUUAAUAUGAUCUCCUAUCUUUCAUGCAAAUGUGUUUAUUUUUAAGAAUUUAUAAUAUUAUAUU